AUGCGUUUUCUUCGUAGACGCUCAUCAGAGGACAGUGUUGACGCUUUUGGUCUGCAACAAGUUAGAAAACUCGGUACAGAUAAUAAAAGUGUCGAUGGACAACAGCCAUCUGAGGGCCGCCCGCGGCCCGAGAAGAAAUUCAACUAUUUUACAUUCCUACAAUAUGCCUCGACGCAGGACAAAGUACUGCAGUCUGUUGGUGUUUUGUCCAGCAUGAUCACUGGUGCUGCAUUACCUAUCAUGACAAUCGUCACUGGCUCAUUAACAGAAGUUUUCACCAACGCAAGCCAUGAAUCAGCCGGAGAGUUUUCGUCACAAGUCGCCCAACGUUCGUUGUAUCUCGUCUACAUAGGAAUAGCGGUGGCCGUUUCCACAUUUGUAUCAAUAUUUUGCUGGAUGGCCUCAGGGGAACAGAUUACGCGCCGAAUUCGCUUAAAGUACAUGCGGGCCGUUAUUUCGCAGGAUAUGGGUUUCUUCGACGAACUAGGCACUGGUAAAAUUAUAGAAAAGCUUACCAAAGACAUGAAUGUCAUUCAAUCUGGACUGUCAGAAAAAGUUGGGCUGGCCAUCGCCGCAGUAUCAACUUUUUUCACUGCUAUGAUCGUUGCACUUGUACGCUACUGGAAACUGGCUCUGAUCAUGCUUUCCGUCCUUCCGACUAUGUUUCUAGCAGCAGGCCUAGUAUCGAUUCUAGUGGCUAAACACUCUAAUAUUUCGCUGUCUUUUAAUACGUCUGCAAGCGGCUUUGCCAGUGAUGUCUUUUCCUCUCCUCAAGUCGCAGUGUCCAUGGGAGACACCAAAACUCUUGAAGGUCCAUACGCGACCGACCAGCAGGAGGCACGAAAAUCUGGCAUCAAGAGCUCUUUUUGGGCAGGCGUCAUGCUUGGGACCAUAUUUUUGGCCCUGUAUGCUGCCUAUGCAUUGGCCUUCUGGCAAGGAUCGCGUUCACUACUACAAGGAGCCGUCACCACGGGAAGCGUCGUCACCAUCCUUUUUGCUAUCAUUAUUGCAGCAUUCUCUCUCAGUCAAAUAACGCAAUACGUCAACAUAUUCGUGUCUGCUGUGUCAGCCGGCCGAGAAGUUUUUGAAAUUAUACAUCGUAUCCCAGAGAUCGACAAUUUCUCGUGCGAGGGGACUCAGUUAGGCACUAUCACGGGACAAAUUGACUUUCAGAAUGUCACUUUCUCAUAUCCGACCCGUCCGGAAAUGACUGCUCUUGACAAUAUUAGUUUGAGCUUUCCACCCCAUAAAGUAACCGCUUUGGUCGGUCGUUCAGGCUCUGGAAAGUCAACAAUUGUUGGCCUACUGGAACGCUUUUACAACCCCACUGGCCGGGUGUUGUUGGACGGUGUCUCAAUAGACUCAAUCGAUCUCUCAUUUCUCCGGUCUCAAAUUGCACUCGUUUCUCAAGAGCCUGUUCUUUUCCGCGGUACCAUCUUUGAUAACAUAUCAUAUGGGUUUAUUGGGACACGAUACGAAAAUGUGUCGUCUACCCAUAAACUCCAAUUAGUCGAACAUGCCUGUAAAGAAGCCAAUAUUUACAGCACUAUUAUACAGCUUCCAGGAGCAUUCAAAGCCGUAAUUGGUGAUGUCGUCUUCAGUGGAGGGCAGAAACAACGGCUCGCAAUUGCUAGGGCUAUCGUAGCCAAACCGGCAAUUCUAAUUCUGGACGAAGCUACAUCAGCACUAGACUCUAAUUCUGAAGUCGCGAUACAAAAUGCAAUGGAAAAUGCUUCCAGGGGAAGAACAACCAUUAUUAUUGCUCAUCGGCUCAGUACUAUCAGGAAUGCAGACAAUAUUAUUGUCCUAGACCAGGGCCAGAUCCAAGAACAAGGAACUCAUAUGGAGCUUCUUCAACGUGGAGGCAUUUACAAAUCUCUAGUAGAAAUUCAAGCUUCUACAAAACCUGGCAUUACACACUCUGGUUCGACAGCUCGGCCAGGACCUCCUGGGGGUCUUGUCUCAAGGUCGGGCACGAGAAUUUCGCAACGAAGCCGCCGCUCCAAGCGAAACAGUGGACGAUGGAGUGUUCGAUUCAGCGGUAUUUGGAACAUGGACCAGUUCGUUGAAUUGCAUGACGAAGAUCAGUGGCAAGCCCCGUUCACUCUUAAUGAGAUGGAAGCAGGAUCGGUUAUAUCCUAUCCGCAAGAAGAUGAGCCGAUGACAUCUAUGUCAUUACUUACGUUAUUUGUUCGUUUGUUCAAAUUUGCGAAGCCCGAGAUUUUGUAUCAGAUUCUUGGCUUACUUGGAGCUUGCGUUGCUGGAGUAGUAUAUUCUCUCCAAGCUCUUGUUUUUGCCAAACUUAUCGAUCUCUUUAGCGCGCCAUCAGCACCGAAGUUCACCACUAAAGUUGACACGUACUCUGGGCUCUUUAUUGCAAUUGGGGCCGUCAAUUUUUUCGGUCAUCUAGGCUCGACUUUCUUCUUGGGACUUUGCAAAGAAAGAAUGGUGGAGAGAGUACGCCUGGAAGCGUUUCGAAACAUUCUUCGAAAAGAGAUUCCAUGGUUUUCACGCAACGAAAAUAAUGUGACUCGAUUGAUCGAUCUUCUCUCUGGUCAAUGCGAGACCCUGGCAAAAGCCUACGGAGGCGUAUUAGGCACAAUUCUUUCUGUAUCGUCGAACCUCCUGACGGCAUCUCUUUUAUCCAUUAUCCUUAACUGGCGACUUGGGCUAGUUGUUAUUAUUGCCGUUCCCGCCCUCGUCGGAGCAGGGUUCUUUCGGUGGCACCUCAUCUCUGUGUUCGAUGAACAAACACAUGCACGAGGCUUGGCCUCUGCUGAAGUUGUUCGAGAACCAGUUGAUAAAAUCCGAACUGUACUGUCACUAGGCCGCCACCAGGCAGUGCUAGACGAAUAUGACCAGGAACUAUCCGUCAUCGCCAAAUCAGCAUAUGUGGUUUGCUGCAAAUUCGCUCUUUUCUUCGCUUUUUCCCAGUCUUUGACUUACCUCGUCAACGCUUUCACCAUAUGGUACGGCGCAUUUCUUAUUCGUCGAGGCUCCCUCACCGUAUUCGAUUUCUUUGUGUGCUUCAUCGCCAUCACUUUUGGAGCCCAAGAUGCCGGUGAUGCCUUCAUCCGCGCACCCAAUCUCACAGAGGCAGGAAACGCUGCCAGGUCUAUCUUAAGCCUACAAAAUAAUGAUAAACAAGAAGAUGCUACCGCAAAAAGAGACCUCAUGUUCCGACCCCGUCGCGGGGCUAUCUUCUUCCAAAAUGUCUCCUUUGCCUACCCGUCUGCCCCGGAAUCGGCCAUCCUAUCCGAUAUCAACCUCAAAAUCCCGCCUAACUCAUUUUUUGCUCUAGUAGGACCUUCAGGAAGUGGGAAGAGUACCAUUGUUAAUCUUCUUGAACAGUUCUACCAACCAACCUCCGGAAGCAUCCACAUCGAUGAUUGGGCAUUGCAAGAUUAUAAUAUUGUCGAUUAUCGACGUUUCGUGUCUCUUGUACCACAAGAGCCUGUGCUUUACCAAGGCACAUCGAUUCGGUUUAAUGUCAUCAUGGGGUGCUCCGACUCUUCAUCUGCCUCUUCUCAUGAGGUUUCGGAGGAGGAUCUGCAUGCCGCAUGUCGCGAUGCCAAUAUCUUGGAUUUCAUCCUCAGCUUGCCGGAGGGCUUCAAUACCAUGAUAUCAAGUGGAAACACUUUUAGCGGUGGCCAACGCCAGCGUCUUGCACUCGCACGCGCUCUUGUCCGAAAACCAAAAUUUUUGAUAUUGGAUGAGGCCACAAGUGCACUCGAUACCGAAAGCGAGCAAAUGAUCCAAAAGACCAUUUAUAAAGCCGUUAGAGAGCAAGGUAUCACCGUUAUUGCGGUUGCUCACCGUCUCAGCACUAUUAAAAGUGCAGACUGCAUCUGUGUUUUGGAUAAAGGAAAGGUGCAGGAAAUGGGGACACAUGAUACCCUGGUAGCCAAGAAAGGCCUUUAUGCCGAGUUGGCUGCCGCCCAAAGAGCAUAA